ACAGACACAGAGAGAGAGAGAGAGAGCGCGCGAAACAGGUCGGGUCAUGGCGGUGCGGGCUCCGUUGCAUUUGUUGCCAUUGAGGUGUAGCGCUACAAAGGAAGACCAGAGCGAAUACAGAGACAAGUCUAGGAACGCGCGCGUUUUAGUGGUGGGAGGAACUGGUCGGGUCGGAGGCUCCACCGCCAUCGCGCUCUCCAAGCUCCGCCCUGACAUCCACAUCAUCAUUGCCGGUCGCAACAGGGAAAAAGGUGCUUCUAUGGUGACUACACUAGGGGGCAACUCUGAGUUUGCCGAGGUCAACAUUGACAAUGUAAAAUCCCUUGAGGCGGCUUUAGAGGAUGUGGAUCUUGUAGUUCAUACUGCUGGACCUUUCCAACAGGCAGAAAAGUGCACUGUACUGGAAGCUGCCAUACAUACCAAGACAGCCUAUGUUGAUGUUUGUGAUGACACAACCUAUGCACGGCGUGCUAAAUCCUUCAAGAGUAGAGCAGUAGCUGCAAAUGUUCCAGCUAUAACAACAGGCGGAAUUUACCCAGGAGUGAGCAAUGUGAUGGCAGCAGAGCUAGUUCGUGCUUCAAGAAAUGAAGGCAAGGCUGAGCCAGAGAGACUACGAUUCUACUACUACACAGCAGGUAGUGGUGGUGCAGGUCCAACUAUAUUAGCUACUAGCUUUUUACUUCUUGGAGAAGAAGUGGUUGCAUAUAAUAAAGGAGAAGCGGUCAAACUGAAGCCUUAUAGUGGAAUGCUCAACAUUGACUUUGGAAAAGGAAUUGGAAAGAGAGAUGUUUAUCUGUUGAAUUUGCCCGAAGUAAGAAGUGCUCAUGAGGUCCUUGGAGUACCAACUGUCAGUGCUCGAUUUGGAACUGCUCCAUUCUUCUGGAAUUGGGGAAUGGCAGCCAUGACAACUCUUCUUCCUGCGGAGUUUUUGAGAGACAGGCGCAAAGUCCAAGAAUUAGUUCAACUGUUUGACCCUGUAGUCCGAUCAGUUGAUAGGAUUGCUGGAGAGCGUGUAUCAAUGAGGGUUGAUUUGGAGUGUUCAGAUGGACGCAAUGUAGUUGGUAUAUUCAGUCAUAGGAGGCUUUCUGUAUCCGUGGGAACUGCAACAGCUGCAUUUGCUUUAGCUAUUCUUGAGGGAAGCACACAGCCUGGGGUUUGGUUUCCAGAAGAGCCAGAAGGAAUUGCAAUUGAGGCAAGGGAAGUUCUUCUUGAACGUGCAGCACAAGGAACGAUCAAUUUUGUAAUGAACAAGCCACCAUGGAUGGUAGAAACAAACCCAAAAGAGCUUGGAUUAGGAAUAUAUGUAUGAGAGUGUAGGACUCGAACUCAAAUUACAGCUCAAAUUUCUUUUUCAGCUUCCACAGGAUACAGCAGAGGUGCUGGAAGUUGCAGUUUUUUGGGAGCAUUGCCCAUUUUGCAGUGCAAAAAUAUGUCGUACCUAUUGCUAAAGAAAACUCCUGAGACAAUUCUGAUAUUUUAUUCCAUGAAUUUAGGUUUUAAAUAUUGAAUGGAGUCAGCAAUGAGAAGAGUUACAAGGGUUUUUUGCUUUA